AUGAGUCACAAUGAACUUGAAUUAAUGCGUGAGCGUUACUUGAAACUAGUCGAUGUUCACGGGCAACUACAAAUACAAAAUAGUUUAUUAGAAGAACGCGUUUUGGCACUUGUUGAAACCUACGCAGAUGAGAAGAAACAAUUGGAACAAUCAUUAUCGGACGCGAAGCAACAAAUUACGUACUUACAAGAUACAGUCAAUGAAUUACAAAUUGAUAAACAACGAUAUAAGGAUGAUUGUAAUCUAGCUGUGAGACUUUUGCAUCAGCAUCCACAAGAAUUCAUGUCGAUAACAACAGCAGGACAAAUGCAAGAACACCUGAAGAACAGACACGAAUCGACAUCGACGAAUCAGUCAGUUACUUCGCAGCGUAGUAUGAUUUUACCGACAUUUCCCCCAACAUUCGUGCCAUUGUUACCUCCAACAUCGACUGUAACUACUCCAUUGAUAAACACACCGACUGUACCUCCGAUGACGACAACUAAUGACAAUCUUCGUAUGGCUGCUGAAACACUCUUCAAAUCAAAUAGUGUUCAUCGUUCUCCAUCAACUCAAUACAUUUGUUCGGAAUGUCAUCGAACAGUGAGACUUUGUGAUGUCAGCGUUCAAGCAUCUCUUGACGAUAGAUCAAAUCAAAAUGAUCCAUCUCGACUACGUCUCGUCUCGCUUCCAGCAUCGGAUGAUGGGGCAUGGUUGGCACUUGAUUCGCCACCUGCAUUCAGUAUCGUUCAAGAAACGUCAUUAGCGAAUGCAAAACAAACAUUUGAACAACGAAAUUAUAAUGGUCCUUCAGUCCGUCCACUGCCAAGAAUGCAUCAUGUUUGA